CGCUCACACAAUCUGUACCAUACACUCAGUCUCAGUCAUGUAAAAGUCAGAGCUACUUCCCGUUUUUCAGUAGUUCCGGCUUCUCUGUUGCCGUGUUUGCACAGACCGUGCUGAAAAGGAAGUCUACAGAAACUUUGCUCAGGAAGAGAGGGAGAGGAGAAGCGCAAGGAGAUCGUACUUUCAGGAGGAGGAGGUUUUCCUACUGUUGUGAAGUUUGCUGCAGGGUCUCUCUGCCUGAAGCCAUGGGGGUGUUUGGAGGUGUUGAGAGAACUGGAGGGAGCAGAAAAGUGCUUUGAAAGGCAGACCAACACGUGUUGUUUUUUUAUGUUCCAUUUGUUUUUCCCCCAAGUAGUUUUGCUGUGUGAGUGAAAGAAGUAAACCGGAUAAUUUUUUUCUCCUGAUGGAUUUUAGAGGGAAACCCUACUCUGCCUUAAAUUCCUGAAGAACAGACACCGCACGCAAAAACUCUCACACACGUUAGUGGGAUGUUAUUAGAUGCUUGAAGCAACAUGGAAGCUCUGAGAGAGUCUUUUCUUAAUUUGACUUUUCAGAUGUCCGCAUACAGGCGAGCCACUCUGGACGAGGAGGACGUGGUGGACUCCACCAGUGACGAUAUCUACCCAUCAGCUCCCAUGCAGGUGAGUCUUCUGCACGGCCGUUCCUCGUGUUGGCCGAGCAGGACACGGAUGGAGAGGAGGCUAAUGUGCUUGGUGUGCAUUCUGUCAGUGGGCCUGUUCGUAACUCUCAUCACAACUGGGAUUUUCUACAAACAGACACACCCAGGCUUGUGCCUAACAGAGCCAUGCAUUACUGUGGCCAGUGCGGUUCUGGGAGCAAUGGACCGAUCCGUAGAUCCCUGCCAGGACUUCUAUAACUUUGCUUGUGGGGGCUGGAUAAAAAACAACCCACUAUAUGAGGGCAAGUCCCGCUGGGGUUCUUUCAGCAACCUGUGGGAACACAACAUGCUUGUAAUGAAGCAGUUAUUAGAAAACACAACAAUGAAAGGUUUAAGUGAUGCUGAAGAAAAGGCCCAGCGAUAUUAUGAGGCCUGCAUGAAUGAGACCAAGAUUGAGGAACUGGGAGCUAAGCCACUCCAACAACUAAUUGACCAGAUCGGAGGAUGGGGUCUUACUGAACCUUGGGACAAGGACAACUUCCAAAAAGUUCUGCGAACCGUGUCUGUCAACUUGCGUACUUUUCCUUUCUUCACUGUGUUUGUCAGCACAGACUCCAAAAACUCCAGUACUAACAUCAUCCAGGUGGAUCAGACCAGCCUGGGACUACCUUCACGUGAUUACUACCUCAACAAAACUGCAAAUGAAAAGUAUCUGACAGCAUACCUCAACUUUCUAGUGGAGUUGGGAGUUCUUCUGGGUGGCACAAAGGAAAGUUCUCGGGCCAUGAUGGAGGAAGUUUUAGAUUUUGAAACCACCCUGGCCAACAUCACAGUCCCUCAGGAGGAGAGAAGAGAUGAGGAGCUCAUUUACAAUAAGAUGGAGGCAAAGGACCUGACAACUCUAGCUCCAGCAGUGGACUGGAUGCCAUACCUCAGAGAAAUGUUUGCUUCUGUGUCACUUAAUGGAUCAGAGCCAGUGGUGGUUUAUGCCAAAGAAUACCUCCAGAAAGUGUCUGACCUCAUAACUAAAACAAAUAAAAGCCUUCUCAACAACUACAUGAUGAUGAAAGUAGUGAGAAAGAUGGCCUCAAUUUUGGACCAAAAGUUCCAGGAUGCAGAGCAGCGUUUCCUUGAGGUCAUGUAUGGAACCAAGAAGAGCUGCACUCCACGCUGGAAGCUGUGCGUCAGCGACACAGACAGUGCCUUGGGCUUUGCUCUUGGCGCGAUGUUUGUCAAAGCCACCUUUGCUGAGGACAGCAAAGCCAUUGCUGAGAAAAUGGUUACAGAAAUUAAGCAGGCAUUUGAGGAUGGAUUGAAGUAUGUGAGCUGGAUGGACACAGAAACAAAAAAGGCAGCAAAAGAAAAAGCAGAUGCAAUAUACAACAUGGUCGGGUAUCCUGAAUUCAUCAUGAAUGGCACGAAACUGGAUAAAGUGUUCAAUGAUUUUGCUGUGGUGUCAGGCCUUUACUUCCAGAAUGUUAUGCAGUACUACAACUUCUCAGGCAGAGUGACUGCAGACCAGCUGAGGAAACCUCCCAACCGAAACCAGUGGAGCAUGACCCCUCCAACAGUAAAUGCCUAUUACAACCCAACAAAAAAUGAGAUGGUUCUGCCUGCAGGAAUCCUGCAAGUUCCAUUCUACAGUCGCUCUUGGCCUAAAGCUCUCAAUUUUGGUGGAAUUGGAGUUGUCAUGGGCCAUGAGCUGACUCAUGCAUUUGAUGACCAAGGCAGGGAGUAUGAUAAAGAUGGAAACCUACGCCCUUGGUGGAAGAACUCUUCUGUUGAAGCUUUCAAGACGCAGACCCAGUGCAUGGUGGAGCAGUAUGGCAAUUACAGCAUCAACCAAGAGUCUCUGAAUGGAAGACAAACGCUGGGAGAAAACAUCGCUGACAACGGUGGACUCAAGGCUGCUUACAACGCUUAUUUAAACUGGAUUAAAAAGAACGGUGAGGAGGCCACGCUGCCAGCGCUGGGAAUGACGAACCAUCAGCUGUUUUUUGUGGGGUUUGCCCAGGUAUGGUGCUCUGUCAAGACACCUGAGAGCUCGCAUGAGGGCGUUAUGACAGAUCCUCACAGUCCUCCGAGAUUCAGGGUCAUCGGCACAGUGUCAAAUUCACGUGAAUUCUCAAAGCACUUUGGAUGCAAAGCAGAUACUCCCAUGAACCCAAAUCACAAGUGUGAGCUUUGGUGAUGCCUCGUUGAUCACGGAGUUUAACAGGAGUGAAACUGACACUGGGGGUGGGGGUUGUUUAAGAUGCCAACAAAGCCUCAUGAGACUGAAAGUCCCCUUUUGCUACUUAGUGCUUAUCAGGCUGUUUAUCGGGACAAAAUGUGGCUGCUGUGUUGGAAGGAUUGCAGUCUUCACUACUUCUAUGCAAAGACUGUUUUAGCAAACUGCAUUCCCCGAAAUUGAGAUUUAAUGUCGCUUUAUUUUGUUUUUGGUUUGUUUGAACGCUUUGAAAAACCACCUGAUAGUUACGAUGGAGGAACCACUCUUCUGGCUUCAUAUUUUCAAAUGAGCAGAUUAAUGGGACUUUUUGUUACUUUCCACUGAGCUUUUAUCUGCUGCUUUUAUUGAAUGUUAUAUUUAAAGUUUUUGUUCUUUUAUACAAGUGAACCAGGAAUUAAAAUAUUUUUUUUUGUUUGUUUUUUAUUUUUUAAC